AUGGAGAAGUGGAUUGAGUUAGGCAAAGAGUUUGGUUUGAAGGAAAAAGAACUGUUAGACUUUGUUAAAGAUCAACAAGAAAUCGAAAGGCGUAAAGUAGACGACGAUCGACAAGAAAGACAGCGAGAGCGCGACGUUAAGAAACUAGAAGCGAGAGAGAAAGAGGCGAUGCGAAGGCACGAACUGGAAAUGAAGCAACUUGAAGUACAAGCAGUUAAUACAAACGGGAGCGUUAGCGAACAUCACCCGGGAAUCUCGACAGCGAAGAUGCCGAAGUUACCACAGUUUAUCGACGGUCAGGAUGAUUUGGAUAGCUACCUACAAAGGUUCGAACGCUUCGCGAAAGGCAAUAAAUGGAACGAGUCGAUUUGGGCGACGUCGCUGAGUGCUUUGUUGACAGGUAAGGCGCUAGACGUUUACUCCAGGAUGUCAGAAACAGCCGCAGUAGAUUAUAAAGAGUUGAAGGAAGCCCUGUUGAAGAGAUACAAUCUGACAGAGAACGGGUUUCGAGUACGAUUUAGGAACAGCAAACCGGAAGAGGGGGAAAGCCCGGAACAAUUUAUAACUAGACUAAAACGAUAUUUAACUCGUUGGAUUGACCUAGCAAAAACGGAAAAGUCAUUCGAAGCGUUGUGCGAACUGUUUGUUAAGGAACAACUUAUUGAUGCAUGCCCUGAGGAUUUAGCAAUUUAUCUGCGAGAAAGAGACCCCGAAAACUUAGACGAGGCGGCAAAAGUUGCUGAGCAAUUCCUGAUUGCUCAUGGGAAGAAAUUACACUCCCCAUCCAAGCCACCCAAAGGGAAAUAUCCCCCAAGCGGAAGUACUGGGAACGAGAAGGGAGGAAAAUCAGGGGGGAGGAUGCAAUGUUUUACCUGUGGAGGGUAUGGCGAUAAGGCAAUUGAAUGCAGCAAGAACCCAAACAAGUCUCCCCCCAAGGUUGAAAAACGCUGCUUUCUGUGCGAUCGCACUGGCCAUUUGGCAAGAGAGUUCAAGGUGAUGAGGGAUAAGAAGAACACAGAGAAAGCCGGGGCAGCCCUACAUGACCAGGGCCACCCCCCUGAAAACGACACGAAUUUGGAGUCGUGUAUCCAUGGUGAUCAAUUACUACUCAGAAAUGGUAAAACUUUACCUUUUAUUAAGAGCGGUAGUGUGUCCUUGGUCGACAGCACUGCGAGAAAGAUGCCAGUUGUCAGAGGCAGAGUGGGUGAGAAAAUAGUCGACACUCUGCGAGAUACAGGGUGUAGUGGGGUGGUAGUACGCAGAUCCCUAGUAGCUGACGAGCAAUUGACAGGACGGGUUGGCUAUAUGUUACUGAUUGACAACACCCUUCGCGAGGUCCCAUUGGCGGAGAUAACCGUAGAUACACCUUAUCUGAGAGGUCAGGUCGAGGCACAAUGCCUCCCUGAGACAAUCUAUGAUCUCAUUAUCGGCAACGUCCCUGGGGCAAGAGCUCCGGACGAUCCUGACCCCACCUGGCAAGAGGCAUCAGCUGUAACCACCCGUGCCCAAGCCAAAAAGAGUAGUACCCUGAAGCCACUUCGAAUUCCUGAGGAACUUAGGGGAUCGGCCGUGGACCGAAAUGAUCUUAGUCGGUUACAAAAGGAAGACCCGAGCUUGGAGAAGUAUCGCAGUCAGACGGAUCCGAAGAAAAUCCAUGAUGGUGAGGUGUCAUUCGAGGAGAAGAACGGUAUACUUUUUCGGGUAUUCAAGAUUUUCGAUGCAAAUGGUGAACAGACGACCCGCCAAGUGGUGGUGCCGCAACCUCUUCGACAGCAAGUCAUGAACGUUGCUCACAGUUCCAUUCUAGGGGGUCACCUCGGUGUGAAGAAGACCACAGAUAAGAUCACUGGCAACUUCUACUGGCCAGGCAUCCACGGCGAUAUAACUAGAUUUUGUCAGUCUUGUGAUAUAUGUCAGCGGACAGUUGCAAAGGGAAAUGUCUCGAAGACACACCGUUUAAGCGGGUAG